GCAAGGAAUGGAGCCAAGAAUGGGUUCAGAUAAUUGGCAAGGAACGGAUCCAGGAAUGGAUCCAGGAAUGGGCUCAGAUAAUUGGCAAGGAAUGGACCCAGGAAUGGGUGCAGAAAAUUGGCAAGGAAUGGAGCCAGGAAUGGAUCCAGGAAUGGACCCUGAUAAUUGGCAAGGAAUGGAGCCACAAAUGGGACCAGAAAAUUGGCAAGGAAUGGAUGGAGAAAUGGGUCCAGAAAAUUGGCAAGGAAUGGAUCCAAGAAUGGGUUCUCAAGAUUGGCAAGGAAUGGAUCCAGGAAUGGGCCCCGACAAUUGGCAAGGAAUGGAGCCAGGAAUGGGUUCAGAUAAUUGGCAAGGAAUGGAGCCAGGAAUGGGUCCAGAUAAUUGGCCAGAAACAGAUCCAGGAGUAGGUCCAGAAAGUUGGCAAGGAAUGGAGCCAAGAAUGGGUUCAGAUAAUUGGCAAGGAAUGGAUCAAGGAAUGGGACCAGGAAUGGGCUCAGGCGGGAGAUCAGGAGUUGUGUCAGGCAGGGGAUCGGGAGUGGGUCAAGCAAAUUGGCAAGGAAUGGUGGGACCUGAUGGUGAACAGGAUGCGUAUGGGUAUGGGGCCGUACCGGGUAUGGAUAUGGGCUAUGACCAGCCUCAACCGGGAUCCCACAGAGGCACCGAGAUGUGUCGAUGCAUUGGCGCCACAGCCAAUGGGCCUGGACAGGAAGGAAAUCCACCUGGCGCCGUGGCGUUCGGUGUUAUGACCUUCGGACGCAAAUCUAGCAUGAAUGAGAAUGUGUCCAGACGUGAUGAGGGGCUUGCUCAAAUACCAAGGUCUGCUUGCAGCGUGGACUAUGGUCUAUAUGGCCUCACUGGACCCAUUACCGAAGGCUCAUUGCGUGGACGGGAUACGCUCGGCCUGCCGGUCCACCUGCAAGGCAACAUGGGCCUCCUGAACGCCGUCAGUCGCGGCACCUGCAGCGAUCAUUUGGCCUGCGACGAGCUAUGCGGCAUCAAUACCGACUGCUUUGCGGGCUGCAAGAAACAUUGGGGCAGUCGCGCUGGCAUCCCCAAUCAGGUAUCCGGCGGCGUUCGCAUUUGCAACAACGAGUUCAUCAAUGCGAUCGCCACGUUUCUCAUGGAGGUGCUGGCCAUAUUGGUCUUUUUUGCCAUUUGCACGUUCACGUUUUGGAUAACGCUGGGCUACUAUAUAGUCCAGUUGUUGGUGGAUCUGAAGAACGCCGAUCGAAAUGUGCACGUGGCGGUGGGCACUGUGUUCGGCCUGCUGGUCCUUGCCUUUGCCAUAACGCUGGCCACGCACAGCGGUGGACCCUGCUACAAUCGUGCCCAUGCCAUCAGCAGGAGCAUCACGGCGACCGCCUCCGGCAGCAUAGCCAGCUGCAAGAAGUGCAACCAGGCGGUGCUGGCCAGCGCCAAAAGGGUCUGCGCCAGCAAAUGCCAUGUGAGUGGCAAACCGAAGCCAAUGCCAAAGGCGAAGGCGAAGGCGAAAGCAAAGUCGUACUCGUCGCCAUCGGGCUCGAUGGCCAAGGUCAGGCCCCAGCACAAGGCCGCCGCCAGCAGAUCCAGAGCGAAAUACACGGACUGCCAGGGCCGCAAGAUCUUUGAUAGGUCACGUCGCAAUGCCGUCCUGACGGAAAUGAAGCAGCCGCCCACGUGGCUCAUCUGGAUGCGCGACAGCGCCAACAGUAUUUUUCGUCGAGGAUAAAUAUUUUCGUACCGGAUCAACAAUUACCUGGCACAAAAUUCAACGUUUGACAUUCUGAUAUUAACUAGAAACCGUAUAAAUUAACCGAUUACCAUAGUCUUAACAGUAUAUAAA